AUGGGAAAAACACAAGCCCCAAAGGACAAAGGUAAGGCUUCUACUGCUGCAAGUUCAGCAGAUACUUUCAUGAAUGAUGAUGAGAAGACCAUACGGAAGAAUAAGACUGAGAAGGCAAAACUAAAGGAAGUGACACCAGAUGGCCCAAAGACUGAGAAAGAUAGCAAGAAAGGCAACAAGGCAGUGGCACCUGAGACAAAGCAGGACAAGCCAAAGGAACCAAAGAGUAGAGACACUGAGAAGAAAGGUGAGACAAAGGUGAAAGCGAAAGAUCAAGGAGGCGAAAGCAGCAAGAAAAAGGAAAAGACGCCUGCACUGUCAGAGAAGGAAGGCCAGAACACAUGCAAGACAAGCAAGGUGGCUCACAAGGAAGGUGAGAAGGCACCAGGCAAAGACAGCAACAAGGACAGCAACAAGGAUAGCAACAAGGACAGCAACAAGGACACCAAGGAGGAUCUAAAGAAAGGAGAUGCUGCGAAGAAGAAAACAACUCAGAAGGUGGCACCUGAGGGAAAGACUGAGGAGCUGAAGGUGGAGGAGAAGACGACCAAGGUUAAGGUGUCAAAGAGUAGAGACACUGAGAAGAAAGGUGAGACGAAGGUGAAAGCGAAAGAUCAAGGAGGCGAAAGCAGCAAGAAAGACAUUGAUGCUCACAAGCAAGAUGAGAAUACAAAGGGAUCACAGACCAAGAAAGCGGAGAAGCCUCUGAAGCAGACACGGCAGACCGACAAAGAAGGAUCUGCAGAUAAGAAGGAGACCAAUGAAGCUGGAAAGACCACUGAUGUAGAAACAAAGACAAGCAAGAAAACACCUCAGAAGGAUGACACAAGUGAGGUUGCAGAAAAUAAAGGCGAUUCACAGACUGGCAAGAAAGCACAGAAAAAGGAGAAGAAAAAGGAGAAGAAAAAGGAGAAGCCUUCAGGUUCUACUCAGCAGAGUGAAGCAACCGCAGCUCAUGAGAACACCAGCAAAGAUGAUAAAGCAGGUCAAAAUGCUAAGAGUACCAGGAAGAACGAAUCGGGCAAGAGUGGCAAAGCGGGUGAGGCAAAGGAGAUGGGGACGCAGGAAACGCAAGCACCACUGGGUGAUGGUGGAAAGCCUCAAAAAAAGAAGGCAAAGCACGAUGACUCUGAAGUUGAGGCAAGGGAGGUGGAACAGGAAAAGGAAACACGUGAGACGGAAGGUGGUGACAAUUCCAAGACUGGUGGAUUGAAGCAGCCCGACGAGGAGGACAACAAGAAUGACAGGAAACAUAAGAAGACAAAGAAGGACAAGAAAGAAAAGAAAAAUACUGAUACGCAGAAGGGCAAUCCACACGACACAACACUGGCACGUCAGAAACCACUCGCACUUGAGGAAGUUGAGAAGUCAAGAGAAGCCACCAAGCUCGACCAGACCAAGAAAGCACCAGCCACUCAGCCAGAGAAGGCACCAACCACAGUUCUAGCUCUGAAAGAUGUGACAGAAACAAAAAGCAGAACCAGUGUCCCAGAGGGCGCUGAGGCUUGCUCCAGUGAUCAAGUGAUUGAAGUGUCACCCGAAAAAACAAGGAAACCCAAGAGAAAGGGAGAAGAUAGCACAAAGGAGGAUUCCACCACUGCAUCCAGUGGGAACCAGCAUGUCAAACGACCCAAGCCGUUGGCAAUUCAGGACAAAGCAGAGAAGCGAGACCACAAUGGUAGCCAUACGGGACCCACCGUCCGAUGUGGCUUCGCCCAAGCCCCCAAUCGAGAGAGUGAGGACCAUGCCAAGCUUUCUUGGUGGACUGGCGUUGAGCCCCACUUCUACCUGUCAGACGGGAAGCCAGGAGGAAAUUCAAGUGUCAAGGGUGAGAAGAAGACCCGGAUCCAAAAGUUAAGCCAGGAACAAAAAGAUGCCCUGGAACAGAUGGCAUCACCAAAGGAUAUGCCAUAUGAUGAACGGAAACGGCAGUACUCAGCCCUGAGAAGGGCUGUGAUCAGGUCAUGUGAGCCAGCGCUCCUUGCUAAGUUCAGCUUGAGUUCUGAUGGUGAAAGGUGGUCCAUGCUGAAGCAAUGGCUUCUAUCCGAUGGAAAGAUCGAUUCCAUCACUGUUGAAGAGCGCUUCACGAAGUGGUGUGAACAGCUUCGGACAGACAAGUACGUAACGGUGACAAAGUUGCAACUCUACAAAAUCUACGGGCGCUCGAAAGAGGCCAAGGCUUUCGUGGAGUCAGUUACCAAGGGACAAGUUGGAGUUCCACAUCCUCAAUGUCCAAACAACGAGGCUGCAAAAAUGUACAAAGUGCUACGUGAAGUAGCUGAAAACACUAGCACUGGAACUAGGGGAGAGACCGACAUGCGGGUGGGUGGCAGAGUUAGGUCUGCCUCUAUGAAAGAGAUGAUCGCCAAGCAACUUAAGGUUGGAAUGGAGAGUCUUGAAUCCCAGUCCCAAAUGGACCUUAAGACAGGAGUUGUUCGAAGUAAGAAGGCAAAGAAAGAGAAAACGCCAGCUCAGACAGCCUUGGGGGAAGCCAAACAACUUCUCACAAAGUACAAGAGAUGCCUGAACGAAGUGCCGAAGUGCAUGGAUGACCUUUCAAAUCUCAAGGUUCGCAAUUCUGAGGAGCUCGUUGAUCCCGAUGACUUGUAUAGUUGGCUAGAUACCCAAAAGCCACUUUUGGCAGUGAUCGAACAGGAUCUUAGGGACGGCAAGCGCAGAGUGUCAGUUGCCAAGGGGCCCCGCAAGAGGGCUGCUCAGGCUGACGACACUGAGCCUGUCCAGAGCAGCGAAGCAAGUGGUUCCGGGGAGGAUGAUUAA